GUGACAGGGCCCGCGGUGGGGAAGAUUGUCCUCAUGAAUACUCUUGUGGAGGAUGUCCAUGAUCCUCUUUGCUUGUGUGGUGAGAGUGAGGGACGGACUUCCACUUUCAGCCUCUACGGAUUUUCAUCUCAACCAGGACUUUCUGGAAUGCAGGAAGAGACUAAAGGCAUUAUCCUUAAUUCUGGCACAGUAUCCUGAUCGAGGCACAGCAACAGGACGUGGCUUCAGCAUACAUUUUCAUUCUUCUGGGGACAUCGCCUGCCUGGGGAUCUGCACCAGCAGUUGCCCAACCGUCAUGGCAUUUUGUUUCCUGGAGGAGCUCCAGUGGAAAUUUUCUGCUUCAUAUGACUCUACGAGCAUAAACUUGGCUACCAGACCCUAUGCUUUUCUUGAAUUUGAUAAUAUUAUUCAGAAAGUGAAAUACCAUUUCAACUACACAAGCUGCUCUCAAAUGAAGAACAACCUGGAGAAAAUUCAGGAAGAGCUGAAGUUCCAUCCUCCUGUGCUUCUGAAACUAGAGGAUACAGAGCUGAUGAACGGGAUGAUUAACGGGCACAUAGAAGUGCACAUGGGGUCUGCCCCUACCUACAGAAUGCAACCUGUGACUCCUUUGGGGAUUCUGUCCCUUGUUCUCAACAUCAUGUGUGGGGCUCUGAACCUCAUUCGAGGAGUUCAUCUAGCGGAGUAUUCUUUUCAGGAAGACCACGAGGGAAUUGGAAAUGUAAUAGCAUUUCUCCUUUCUUUUCUAGCCUGCAUUUUUCAGUGUUAUUUGUACUUGUUCCACGGUUCAUCAAAGAAGAUGAAGGCGUUUGUACUGUUUUUCUCCAUUUGUCUAUGCAACAUUUACUUGUAUGGAUUAAGGAACAUCUGGCAAAUACUCUUUCACAUAGGAGUGGCUUCUCUUUCUUCAUAUCAGAUACUGACAAGGCAACUGAUGGAGAAACAGCCGGAUUUUGGAGUAUGAAAGCACACGUGGGAUUCAUCACUCAUAUUUUAAAAACUCUUGUAUUUGCUUACACUGGCCAAAAAUACUUUGGGGAAUAUUUUAAAAAUGCACAACGAUGGUUAUCACAAGAGAGAUUUUGAAACGAAACAAUUCGAAAUAAACUCUGCUCUUAUAAUUAGUGUCA